CGCGAGCCCUAGGUCUUACGUUAGCUCAUCUAUCGACCAUGAUGCGCGAAACUAUCAUUUUCUCCAUCUCUCUUCUCUUCUUGCCGCCACCAUCCCAAUGUCGGUGACCGAGCUCAAAGCCGAGGGCAACGCGCUCUUCAACGCGAAAAACUUCGCCGCCGCCGAGGCCAAAUACGCAGCAGCGAUCCUCGCCUCCGAGCAGGACUCGGACGACAAGACGCGUGCGGUGCUGCACGCGAACCGCGCCGCGUGCCGGCUCUCGCUGAAGCGUCGUGCGUGGAGGUACAUGGACGCGGUGGACGACGCGACGCGCGCGACGCACCUCGAUCCGACGUACGCCAAGGCCUUCGGGCGGCUGGCCUCCGCGAAAGUCGCGAUGGGCGACCACACGGCGAGCCAGACGAGCUGGCUCGGCGCCCUCGACGCGCUCCCGAAAUCAGGCCUCACGCCCUCGGAGACGACACAGAAGCUGCAGUACGAGGCGGGGCUGAAGGCCGCCAUCAAAGCGGCUGCUUUAUCUCAGACGUACGAUGCGCGAGCUCACCUCGUCGCGCAGAACGACGCAGGCAGCUUCCCGUGGACCGUCGCAAGCCAGAUGAUCCCCCGGCUCAGGGCGCAGGCGCGGAUGAACCCGGAUGUGCUGGCGAGCAGUGUGUGUCUGCUCCCUCCGCGCGCUGCGAUCUCACUAUUGACGAUUAUCUGGAGGCCUGGGUCAUCCACUACGCGUAUGAGGCGCGUGGGAUCGGCAGCAGCACGCUCCUUCGUCGGGCUGAUCUUUUCACAGGAGUUCGCGGAAGGUGUCGGCAAGAUGAACUUCAUGCGUCCCUACGAGGCAUCCGAUAACGCUGGAGUCGCAGGCAUGCUGGGUGCACUGGCAGCUAUGUCGAAUGGGAUCAUGCGCGACGAACGGGUCAUGCACAUCAGCGAUCCACAGUUCCUAGUCAAGUUCAACAAGCAAGUCAUCUUUGAGGCGAACGCGGUGAGAGCGUGGACGCACGAAGGCCCGGAACUCGUGAUACAGAAAGCCUUGGAGAGGCAGGAACGCGAUGGCUGGAGAUCCGUCCGGCAUGCCUUGGCGGUGACUGUCCGAGCAUGGAUGAUGCGUGCCCUCAUGGAAGGAGGCUUGCGCGCACAACAUACUGUCUCCGUGGACUUCUACAAGAACUGCCUGCUCGUCAUCCGCACGCUGCGAGACAAGUGGUCGUCCAGCUCGAAGGACGACCGCGGCGUGAUCUUUGAGAAGACGUUCGAGUUUGGGAUCGCGAAGAUGUAUCUGGAGGCCAUCAUGCAGGCGUAUAAUCCGAACACGGCUCCUGAGAUGCUGGACUUGCUGCAGACCGAGGCCGAUCGUCUCAUUCGUGAGAUCGAAGAGUUCAUGGCCUUGCCGAAGCCACAGGAACCGCUGGACCCCGGUUUCAUGAGCUCCUUCUGCUUGUAUCCCAAGGGCCAGGCAUACUCCAUGCGCGGGUUCCUCCAGGUUCAGCUGAUCCGCCUCCACCCCGAGGAUGCGCGGGAAUACCAAGCCAAGGCGGCUCCCGAAUACCUCAAAGCCGCGGCGUGUUUCCCGCCAGACGACGAGAAACACGCGUGGUUCCUCAAGGUGGCGCUGUCGAACCAGGAAUCCUCAGGCAAAUUCACCGUGCGGGAAAUUCUGGACACGAUGCAAAGGAUCGCCGAGAGCGCGCCGAAGGCGAAGGCGAUCUGGGAGCGCUCGGCGUUGGGGAUGGGGGGCGCCUGGGAGGCGCUUGCGGGUGUUGCCAAACAGGAAGCCCAUCUGCGCCAGCUGGUGGCUCAGGGCAAGUUUUCGAUGGACUCGUGCGUCAGCGUUGAGUGAUUCGGUGGUUCAUUUUGUUUUGUACAUAAGUAGAUUCGGAUGCUCUCUUGUCUUGCUAUCUUCAUAGAUGUUCUCAUUGCUGUUGGUCAUAGUUGCGCCAGUUUUGGAGCCUGUCACCUGCAUCAUUUAGUCUUGACUGGGCCGAGGCCAUCCAGCCGAUUACCAGAGCGGCUGGCUCCAGAACGUCUAUUUAG